AUAGAGACACGGAACGAACCUUCCUUCGUGGCCGGCGCCAACAAUGUAAACGAGCCACCUAUCCUCGAACCUGGUGGAUACCCUGCGGGCCUGCCGCUUUCAGAAUCAACCAAAGUCGGUACGGAAGUGUUCGUCCUUAAGGGCCACGAUCCCGAAGGAUCGCCAGUGAAAUAUGGUAUACAACUCACGGACCAUUUCGUCGUAAAUCCACGCACUGGCGUUAUCACGUUGGCGAAACCUCUCAAUCGCGAGGAGUAUGAUGCAAUACGAUUCCGCGUGACGCUUGAAGACGAAGUGCCAGCAGGGCAACAACCGAACAUCGUCGGCGUAGAUGCACACGUAAUUGUGUUGGACGAAAAUGACAAUCCUCCGCGUUUUCUCAACGUGCCAUACGAGGCUGUGGCCGAGGAGGACCUCCCAGUUGGCUCGACAAUUCUUCCAGGUAUCAGAGUAAUGGAUCCUGACAUGUUGGGCGACACCAUAGAUCUAACCUGCGUUCCUCAGCCACAGUUCCUCGACGCCUGUGAAAAGUUCGGCAUCGUGAACGUGGAAAGAAAACUGAACUCGUACAUGGGCGCCUUGGUGUUGCGCCAACCACUCGACUACAGGGAGAGGCCCUUUUACCAAUUGCUACUUAGGGCGAGCGAUGGACUGAACAAUGAGACUACUGGGGUAGAAAUCAAGGUAGCGGACAUUCAGAACAGUCCACCGGAAUUUGUGAACUCGCUAACGGGUAUAGUGCGCGAGGACGAUCCCAUCGGAACCUUAGUUAUGACCGUUAAGGCUAGAGACGGCGACAGGGGAAUGCCAAGGAAAAUGAUCUACGAAUUGGUCACCAACCCAUUCGACUAUUUUCUACUGGACGACGAAUCAGGCGAACUAAGAACCGCAAAGCCGCUGAACAGGGAAGCGUUGAAGGAUUCAACUGGCGUACUGACACUGGAGGUAAGGGCGCGUGAAUUGAUCGACGGUAUGCCAGGUAAUGACAAUCUGACAGUGUCAACGGCCGAAGCAACGGUAACCAUCAAGGAUGUGAACGACGAGCCGCCUACUUUUAAUCGUCGCGAGUACAACAUCGAGAUUCCGGAGAACGUGCCGAAUGGCACACCACUGCCACAUUUGGACAUGACUGUCAAGGAUCCUGACGUCGGCCUGAAUUCGGUAUUUUCUCUACGUCUGGACGACAUCACCGAUGGUGCUUUCACCAUCGAGCCGACUAUGGCGACUGGAAGCACAUCUGUGAACAUCCGCGUGGCAAAUGGCUCGCUAGAUUAUGAAAAUCCUAACCAGCGUAAAUUCAUCAUUCUGGUCGUUGCGGAAGAGGUUCACACGAAUCCGAAACUUUCCUCCACUGCAACCGUAACUGUCUCUAUCACGGACGCGAACGAUAAUUCGCCUACUUUCAGCAACCCUACUUACACAGCCGUGGUGCUGGAAACCGCGCCUCCAGGUACAACGGUUAUAACGAUCACUGCUAAAGAUCGCGAUAGCGGACGAUUCGGUACAGCUGGAAUAGCUUAUCAGUUGCUGGGUCAAGGCGCGCAACAUUUUUCUGUCGAUCGGAAAACUGGAGCUAUCACGGUGGCUCAGUGUCCAACUCCUGGAGUAUCACCCUGUUUAGACUACGAAGAACAAACAGAGUAUUUUCUAACGUACAAGGCCACCGAUAACGAUGGGCAGGGACAGACAACCAGCGUUUCGUUGCGCAUCAGUUUAUCGGAUGCCAAUGACAGUCCACCACGAUUUUUGCAAGACAAGUAUCGCGCGGUUAUAGACGAAGGAGCUGAGAAAUUCGAGCCCGACUUGAAAGUGCAAGCCCGAGAUAAGGACAAGACGUCGAAGAUCACGUAUGCGAUCGUGGGCGGCGAUGAGUUAGGACUCUUUGCCAUAGAUCCAGACACUGGUGAAAUUACGAUACGAAAUAAAGGGCCAGUGGAUUUAACGAAUUCGACACACGAUUGGAUUGCGCUUGUUAUACAAGCGAACGACGGGAUUUAUGUCGAUUCCGCCACCGUUAACAUUACUAUUCGCGAUGUCAAUAACAACGCACCCGUCUUUACGCAAGAACUUUACACUGCCAGCAUACCCGAAAUAUCGCCGAUUGGGACCGUUGUGGAGGAAGUUACAGCGACCGAUGCUGACACAGGAAUAAAUGCGGAACUCGUUUACAGAAUACAGAAGGGAGCUUUCGAUGACUUUACUAUGAAUGAAACGACAGGCGUUGUAACAGUGUUUAGGAAGCUGGAUUUCGACAAUAAAAAUACGUACCAUGUAGAAGUAAUAGCAUUCGAUAAAGGAACGCCUAGCUUAACCGGGACAACAACGUUGAUGAUAAACGUUGAAAAUAGCAACGAUAAAGCGCCCUAUUUCACGCCAGAAACCCAAAGAGCCGAAGUUACGGAAGACACGCCCAUUGGCACCGUCUUCACGACGUUAAAAGCUACGGAUCCAGACAGUGCCAACUUGGAAGCAUUGAACUUCGCCAUUUCAGAGCCAAUUACGGCGAUCGAUAGAAAUGGUCAACAGGUCAACGACAGUAAAUCGUUCAAGGACUUUUUCGCUGUUGAUCGGGCAACCGGUCAAGUUUCCGUCGUUAGACCAUUGGACCGUGAUAUCGCAGCUACUGUGAGCAUCACUGUCGUUGUCAGUGAUACAACGGCACCCACAUUACAACAAGGCAGAGGCACCUUAGUAGUCACGAUCAUUGACGUGAAUCACAUGGCACCGGAAUUCUUGAAACCAUGGACGAGAGAAAAUCCACGAUAUUUGAUAGAAAUGCAAGAAGAACAGCCAACUGGUGCUGUUGUGGGAGCAUUUACAGCGGUAGAUGCAGAUAGUAAUAUAGCAGGAUACGGAAUUGUACCACCAAGUCCCUAUUUCAAUAUAGACAACGUCACAGGAAUUGUACGAACUAGCCAAGUUAUUGAUUACGAAGAAACAAAACAACUGGAGUUCACAGUGGUUGCGUAUGAUUCUGGAGUACCGCAGUUAUCCGCAGCAGCCAAAGUAAUCGUCACUGUAAUAAAUGUUAAUGAUCAAGAUCCUAAAUUCGAAAAGGAAUUGUAUAACGCGUCUGUGAAAGAAAACUCGCCACCAGGCACACAUGUUACUACCGUGAAAGCGACAGAUGGAGAUGAAGGUCCGUUUGGAGAAAUUAGUUAUAGUCUUAUAGGUGAUCACGCUGCUGACUUUAAUAUCGGCCACGAAACGGGAGAAAUUACUGUUGGUGGCGCAACCGUUCUCGAUAGAGAAAUGACGCCAAAUAUCACCAUAACAGUAAUGGCCAGCGAUGGUGCUCAUAUAAAUUCACGUCGAAGUACCACCGUUCCAGUACUUGUAAAACUUAUCGACGUUAAUGACAAUCGACCAAUAUUUACACAACAUAGUUAUAGAGCAUCAGUUGCUGAAAAUCUGCCAGUAAAUCCACCUGCACCUAUUUUACAAGUCAUAGCUAUGGAUCAUGAUGAAGGGAUCAACGGAGAAGUUUGGUAUACCAUAAUUCAUGGGAAUGAAAACGAGUCAUUUUCUUUAAAUCGUGAAACGGGCAUUCUAUACCCCGGAGCAGCACUGCUUGGAAGAGCUGGCUCAUACAGAAUUGAAGUGGAGGCAAGAGAUGGUGCGGGUAGUGGACCACAUUCAGACAACUGUACCGUUGAUAUACGAGUAACAUCAGUAAAUCAACACAAACCUCAAUUUGUUCUACCCGAAUUAACGAACGCUACUGUUGAAGUACCUGAAAAUACUGGUGUACUAAAUUACUUAAUAUUGACGGUAAAAGCAAUCGAUAGAGAUCCUGGAGAAAACGGACGCGUAAGUUAUCACUUAAAGGUUGGGAAUCGAAAUACUCAAGAAACAGAAGAAUUUUCAAUAGAUCAAGAAACAGGUGAACUGAGAUCGAAGAUUAUUCUUGAUCGAGAAGUAAAAAGCAAAUUUGAGCUUGUUCUGGUAGCUGCCGAUCACGGUACCCCUACGGCAUAUGAAACAUUACGACUGCUUACUGUACAAUUAGUUGAUACGAACGACAACACGCCACAAUUUUACGAUGAAUAUCAUUUUUAUAUAUCAGAAAAUCGCCCGAAAGAUUACUUUGUGGGAAAAGUAACUGCGGAAGAUAAAGACGAAGGCAGACACGCGAAGGUUUAUUAUUACAUAGAGGCUGGAAACGAAAAUUAUGCGUUUUACAUGGACAAAUCUGAUGGUAGCAUAUACGCAAAUAAAUCAUUCGAUCGUGAAUCUCGGGACAAAUAUGUCUUAUCGAUACUGGCUUCCAAUGAUCCUGAUAUCUAUAUAAGCCCCGUAGAUGCAGGACGUCCACUAAUGCACAAUACAGACCAUGGACACGUAAAUGUUACCAUAACUAUUUUAGACGAAAAUGAUAACUUACCGAUAUUCGAACGUAACGACUACUAUGCCGGUGUUAAUUCAAUGGCAAAUGUGAAUGAUUUUGUAACAAAAGUAACAGCGUCAGACUUAGAUGUUGGAGAUAACGGUACGCUGCAUUACUACGUUGCCAGUGCAAACCUCUACAAAUAUGGAUCAGAGAAACCUAGUGGUUCUAUAGUCCCAAGUCCUUUCAAUGUAACACAAGAUGGUAAACUUGUCACAAGUGGUUAUAUGGCUGAGUACAACCAGGACAGGUUCAUUGUUGAAGUUAUAGCAAAAGAAACUGCUAUUCCAGAGAGAUAUGCUAUGACUAGAGUUCAUGUCUGGGUAUUCGAAGCUUCGCAAUUAAUUAGAGUCAUUUUGUCAAAAUCUCCCGAAGAAGUAAAUCGUGAACGUGAUGAAAUUGUGUCAGAAUUAUCAAAUGCAACUCAAAGCAGAGUUGUUGUUGAUGAAAUUCGAUAUCAUGUAGAUGCAUCAGGUCAUAUUCGUAGAGAAUGGUGUGACAUGUAUUUACACGUGGUAGAACCAAAAACCCAAACUAUUGCUCCCAUUCCACAAGUACUUAAAGUUAUUGAUGCAAAAUAUGACUUCUUGAAAGAUUAUUAUGCUGGUUUUGCUAUUGAAAAUGUUGUGCCUGCUUAUGCAGGAGUACAAGAAGAACCAUUCGAUCCUGCGUUAGCGGCUUUAAUAGCUUUACUGGUAGUUUUAUUAGUUGGUGCAGUUACUGUAACAGUAGUUUGUUGUUGUUUACGACACUGGGUAAUCACUGUGCCAAAUGAUAUAAGGAAGAAGGAUGGUUUAAUAAAGAAACAAAUUAUUGACGAGUUAAAUACUACAGAAAAUCCUUUGUGGAUCGAGCAAAAACUCAAAUUAUAUGAGGAACAAGAAUUAACAAUGCAAGUAUUUAGUGAACCUGAAGGUGGCUUAGGUACAGAGAGACGAGGAAGUGGUGUAAGUGUUGGGAUGGGUGAUACAUCUCAAGAUAACACUUAUGCUACUAUUCAGCGACCACUGCCUACGAACAGGCACCGUCCAACAACACCAGAUUAUACAACGCUUCCAGGAAACCAUAAUCUUUACGAAUCAGCCAUGGGUUUUCAAGGAUCAACAUUUCAGCCAUCCUCGAAUGUAAUGCCUCAAUUUACACUUGAUCGUGAUGGUCAACCCCAGUUUGUUUCAGGUUCGAACUCUUCAGCAGUGAAGAAUUCAAGAUGAAGAGUAACGACGAACAACAGUCAAUAUUACUGGAAUAAAUAUUUCCCUGUAGCUGGUGUGUGCAUGUAUAUAUGUGUGCGUUGCCAACCUAUGGUCCUAACUAACUAAUUGUUAGGUUCACUGUUAGAAAAAUCAAAAUUGCUAGAAAAUAGAUACUGUGAAAUAGUUUAAUGACCGAAGCUUGGCACGACAGAUAUAUGUAUAUAAAUGAAUGUGUAGACUCCGUCCAGCGCAGUUUUCUGAUUAAUUCCUCACUAGUUUAGUAUUUAUAUAACUUAUGUACGUUUUACACGUAAAAACAAAAGGAAGGAACGUACUUAUAGUGUCAUUAUCUUCUAUAUGAACAAAUGAGUCACUUAAUGUCAUAUCAUGGCGUUAAUACAACAAAAUGUUCUAAAUGUUAAAAAAAAGAACAAGCUCAUAAUGUUAAAAAUAUUUGUAAUUAGAAAAACAAUUCAGUCGAAAUAUCAGCAUAUGUCAUAAGUUCAUGUACAACUAUUAAUUUGCAAUAUAUGUUAUAUUUAUUUAAGUUAGGGUUAAAUGACUGAUUUUUAUCCGAUUAAUCUGUGAUUUGAUUACGCCCGCGUAUAUACGUGACAGUUAUCCUAUAUUUGAGAUUUUGUAUAACUCAUUGGCGAUGGGCGGAUAUAGUCAUAUCAUAGCUAGUUAAAUGGAGACGUUCGCAUCAAAUUUCAAUGUUAUGUAACAACAUAAUCAUCUCGCGCUAUCUGCGAAGACCACAUCGUUUUUCAUCGCCUAAACCGUCCUCAACGAAACAUAUGUGCAUUGGGGUCUAUGGAAUUUAUUGCGAACGGCUCUAAUCGUACAGUAUAUCAUAUACUCGAAAAACAAUAACUUAACUAUGAUCAUGUUAUGUCUAUAAACAUUUAAUGUAAAACUAAUAUCAGUAUCACAAUAUUACUAGAUGGUUAUGAAUAUUCCAGUUAGUAAAAGUAUCUGUUUAUUGAUUAUAAAUUUAUUGUAACAUAUUUUAUGUAUAAGUCAUUGAUAAAAAAAAUAUUCGUAUGUCAACAUUCAUCACAUCUCACAUCAUGUGGAAAUAAAUAUUCAAAUCUGUGUA